AUGUUAGCCUGUCCUCAAGAAAUAUUCUUUCAUAAUGAUACAUCUAUGCAACCUCAAGCUAAAAAAUCCAGACAGUAUAAUAGAAAGGAUCAGUAUAAUGGUUUAAUCAAUAACCCAAACGUCAUUAUCUCAGCAAACACUUUCAGAGACAAAGAAGAGCAAGUGUGGCCUCCUGAUGUAGAAGACGCGUUUACUGAAGCCCUUGAGUCGAUUCCAAAACUAGGAAGAAGAAAGAUACUUGUGAAUGGAAAGCCUUGUGGUAGAAAUGAACUUAUUUCUGAUUUCAUCUAUCGAAAGACUGGAAAGAUUCGUACGAGAAAGCAAGUCUCUUCUCACAUUCAAGUCUUGAAGAAUACACGCAAAAGCGAUUUCCAUUGUAAAGGUCACUCUAUGCAUCAUUUGUCUGGUAUUAAUACCUCUUCUCUAGUCAUGCGAUUACUUACAGAUUCAAAUGAAGUAUCUGAAGAAUCCAGCAAUAACAACAAAUCCUGCGCACAGUCUGUUUCGACCCAUAUGCAUCCCACCAACAGUGUACCCACUUCCUCAGUCAACCCUCAAUUGAAGACGAUCAAAUCUAUCGAAUCGUUUUCCUCUGACGACUCAUCCAUCAACUCCUGUUCUCCAUCACCUACUGACUUUAUGCUUGACAUGAUGCAAGGAGACCCAGCUCAGAGGCAUGCCUUCUCUGUACUCAAGGACCUUUAUGAUCCGUUUCAGCAACCCAUUUUUAAUGACUUAAUGCACCUUGAUCCUUUAAUGACUGGUAUGGACCCUUUCCUUGGCACUUUCCCUACACUAAACCAAUCAGUGGUCGACACUGUCAAUUUAAUGUUACCAAAUCAGCAAAAUACAAGCAUGAUAGAGAGCAGCAGUUUUUCACCUUCUACUAAUGAAUUCGCCUUUUGGCCAAGCUAUUUCUGUCUCUACUUGGAAUAUGCUCUUCCUUGUGACCCCUAUCGACGUUUAACCUACAAUCUCGCUCACAUGCCUCAAUGUCUCCCAAGCUCCAUCUCGACCAUCUCGUUAGAAGGCUUGCCUAAAGAAAAGUGUCCCCCUUUGGCCUCUCUAUCUCCUGACACAGUUGCUCUAAUGGCUAAGGUUAAAAUAGACCUUAGUUUGGACAUUUCUGAUUUCACGUUCAAUAACACAUCCUACUUUGAAACAAGCGAACGAAAGACGAUGGAAUGCACCACGACUGUCUAUUCUUUUGGUAAUGUUGUCUUGGAGUCAAAAGAAUCUCAGCAAGCACUGUGGUUGAAUGAAGAAAAAUAUGUCUACAACUUUGCACUCGUCAAUCAGUUUUUUGAUGCAUUUAUUAAAGGCAUUCGAUCACUCCCGUCUUGGGAAGAAGUUGAUAUGGCAAUCAAUAACUUAUGCAUCGUCCAAUCUUUUGAAGAUGUUGAAAUAAAGCUUUGUGGUACAAAUCAGCCACCAUCACUCGUUAUGGCGUAUGAAUUCGAAAGGGGCCCUGCAACUAUUGAAGUCUCUGCAAUUAGUAACAAAAUCGUCAAUGAAAAAUUCAAUCAAGGAUUGGAAUUCCUUGGCGAAUUAUUGAAGUGA